UGACGGAGGGUGUCGGUGACGCCGUUUUCCCGCGGUUCAGGGCGGCGGGCGGGGGCCGGGAGCGGGAGCCGGCGGCCCCUGGUCAGUGCCGCCCGCGGCGGGCGCUCCCGGCAGCCGCUCCCGCCAUGCCGCCCAAGCCCCCGCGCAGGGCGGGCGCCGCCAGGACGCAGCGCCACAGCCCCGACGGCGGCUCCGCGCCGCCCGCCGCCCCCCGGGUCGAGGUCGGCGAAGCGGACUUCGUCGUGCUCUGUGAUGCGCUGAAGGUGUCGGAGAGCGUGAGGGAGAAAGCGUGGAAGACGUACGAGAGCUUGUCGGCAGCGGAUGGAGCUCUGGCUUGCAACACAAAGAAAAAGGAAACAUGGGGUGUAUGUAUCUUUAUUGUAGCAAUUGAUCUGGAUGAAGUGACAUUUACUUUCACUGAGCUUUUGAAAAGUAUAAAAAUGAGUGUAUGCACAUUUUUUCAGUUUCUGAAAGAGGUGGAUGUUAACAUGGAUACUGUAAGCACUAAAGUUGAUAGCACUGUAUCAAGGCUGAAAAAGAAAUAUGAUGUAUUAUUUGCACUAUACCACAAGUUUGAAAGGACUUGUGGCCUUAUUUAUCUGGAACAACCUAGUAGUGAGAUUUCUGCUGAACUCAGUUCUGUAUUAGUCCUAAAAAAUUACUGGAUUACUUUUUUGCUGGCAAAAGGUAAAGUGUUGCAAGUGGAAGAUGACCUGGUGAUUUCUUUCCAGUUGUUGUUGUGUGUCUUAGAUUAUUUUAUCAAACUGUCACCUCCUGCUGUGCUCAAGGAACCAUACAAGUCUUCUGUGUCUGCAGUGACUGUAAAUGGUUCAGCUCGCACUCCAAGAAGAGGUCAGAACAGGAGUUCACGCACUGCAAAGCAGCUUGAUACCGACACAAAAAUUAUCGAAAUCCUUUGCAAAGAGCAUGAUUGUAAUUUAGAUGAGGUCAAAAAUGUGUAUUUCACAAGCUUCAUUCCUUUCUUGAAUUCUGCUGGUAUUGUAGCUUCAAAUGGACUACCAGAGGUUGAAGUUAUCUUGAAACAGUAUGACGAGCUCUAUCUCAAGAACAAAGAUAUAGACGCAAGACUAUUUCUGAAUCACGACGAGACUCUGCAGCCUGAUGUCAUUGCAUGCUCACAGUUGGAGAGGACACCACUAAAAAACAAUCCAGAUGAGGAAAUCAAUAUUAUACUUCCACAGACUCCUGUUCGAGCGGCAAUGAAUAACAUUCAGCAGUUGAUUAUGAUUUUAAACUCAGCAACUGAUAAACCAUCAGAUACUCUCAUCAAGUACUUCAAUAAUUGCACAGUGAACCCUAAGGAUAGUAUCCUGAAAAGAGUGGAAAGUUUUGAACAUAUCUUCAAAAAGAAAUUUGCUGAAGCAGUUGGACAGGGAUGGGCUGAAAUUGGCUCACAGAGGUACAAGCUUGGAGUGCGUCUCUAUUACAGAGUAAUGGAGUCCAUGCUGAAGUCGGAGGAAGAGCGCCUCUCAGUGCAAAAUUUCAGCAAACUUCUGAAUGAUAACAUCUUCCACACAUCUCUUCUGGCAUGUGCUGUCGAGGUUGUCAUGGCUACAUAUGGCAGAAAUGCUUCACAAAGUGACAGUACCAGUGCUGAAACAGACUUGUCUUUCCCAUGGAUUCUCAAUGUAUUUGAUUUAAAAGCUUUUGACUUCUACAAGGUGAUUGAAAGCUUUAUUAGAGCAGAACCCAACCUAACACGGGAAAUGAUAAAGCACCUAGAACACUGUGAGCAUCGAAUUAUGGAGUGUCUCGCUUGGCAAUCUGGGUCUCCUCUGUUUGAUCUUAUCAAGCAGUCAAAAGAGCGAGAAGGCCAAGCUGAUCAGCCUGAACCCACUUCUACUCCCAACAUGCCUUUCCAGCAUAACCACACUGCUGCAGACCUCUAUCUUUCUCCUGUGAAAUCUCCUACGAAGAAGGCAUCUGGACCUUCUCUAAGUGCUACUUCCACUCCAGAUGCUCAACCUGCUGUGACCCCCCAAACACAGAAACCACAGAAAUCUACCUCCCUCUCGCUGUUCUACAAGAAAGUGUAUCUACUGGCCUAUCGUCGACUCCACACCCUGUUCCUUCACCUUCUCUCCGACCAUCCUGACCUGGAACCCCUGAUCUGGACCCUCUUCCAGCACACACUGCAAAAUGAGUAUGAGCUAAUGAGAGACAGGCACCUGGACCAGAUCAUGAUGUGUUCCAUGUAUGGCAUAUGCAAAGUAAAGAAUGUAGAUCUUCGAUUUAAAAUGAUAGUUUCAGCAUACAAGGAGCUUUGCAACACAAAUCAAGAGACUUUCAAACGUGUUCUUAUCCGGGAAGAACAAUAUGACUCCAUCAUAGUCUUUUACAACUUAGUCUUUAUGCAAAAGCUGAAAACAAACAUUUUGCAGUAUGCUUCCAGCAGGCCUCCCACUCUGUCACCAAUCCCACACAUUCCUCGCAGUCCUUACCAGUUCUCCAACUCUCCCCGGCGUGUCCCUGCUGGCAAUAACAUCUACAUCUCACCUCUGAAGAGCCCAUACAAAUUCUCUGAUGGGUUUCAGUCACCCACAAAGAUGACUCCAAGGUCUAGAAUUUUGGUGUCCAUUGGAGAAUCAUUUGGGACUUCUGAGAAGUUUCAGAAAAUAAACCAGAUGUUGUGCAACAGCGAGGGCCAGCUGAAGCGCAGUGCAGAAGCAGGAGCUGCAGCCCCAAAGCCACUGAAGAGGUUGCGCUUCGAUAUAGAGGGGACAGACGAGGCAGAUGGAAGCAAACACCUACCCCAGGAGUCCAAGUUCCAACAAAAGCUUGCAGAAAUGACAUCUACUCGAACAAGAAUGCAAAAGCAGAAGCUGAAUGAUGGAAAUGAUACCUCAGCCAGUGAAGAUAAGUGAGAUUCUUCUCAGGACCAGGGGCUGCACUGCCAGCCCUCUUAAGAUUGUUUUUGUUUUACAGCCUUCAUUAAUAGAGUUGCUUUUUAGUUGCUUUUUAUUCCAAACUGCUAGUUGAAAACAUUUGUACUUUUUAAAUUGUUAAAUGUUUUCUAUUAUACUUUGCCUUAUGAUGUAGCAUAUACACAAUUUAAGCCACUGAAUUUAAUUUAUAUAUUUUUUGAGGAUUUUUAAAAAGUCUUGGAAAGUGUCUGAAUUUCCUGUUGCAGCAUUACUGAUUUAAGCCAGUUCAGUCUCGUUGGAUUGAAUUUUUUACGUCUAAAGAUGAAAUGUUAGCUAGAAUGAUUUGAAAUGCACUAAUUUUGUUUCUUAGAUUUGAUUAUUAGAUUUUCAUUACUUGCAAAUUUUGAAAAUGGCGGGCCAAUUACUGCAAAGAUUUCCUGUCUCUGUUCAUAAUUAGCACAUCCAAUUCCCAUUAAAUUAAAUGGGACAGCAGCUGGGGGCCUUGCAGAGAAGGGGCCUCACCUCAGGAGUACAACCUGAAUUCAAAGUGAACUCAUUUCAUAGCCUUACUACUGAAACCAACACUUGGCAUUUUGUAGUUUUGCUUCCUGCAUCUCCCACUUCAGUGUCAUUUUGGAAGGCAUUUACACUGUCCCUCAGUUUGAAUUUCAUGGAGUAUGAAUCCAUAGAGAUUCAUCCAAGAAUCCCACACUGAAUCUUCCCAGAAGCUGAAGCUUCUUCCCAUAUGCAGAGUAAUUGAUGUGCCCUUUCUUAUCUUGGGAAAUGUCAAGUAUUAAAAGAAAAAACAAACAAAAAAAACCAACAAAAAAAACCCCCAAACAACGACAAAAAAAACCAAAAAACAAAAAACAAACCAACAAAAAACCAAAACAUCAACAGAAAAACCCCCAAAAAAACCCCACCAUAAAACAAACAAAAAACCACCCAAACACCCAACAACAACAAAAAAACCCCAAAAAAACCAACAUACCUAAACCAUACCUGGUUUACACACAAGAUUUCAAAAUUCUAAAGAUGCAGAAUGUUAUUGAUUUCUUCAAAUUUUGACCUAAUUGUAGCCAAGCCAAACAGCUUGAGAAACAGCUGGAAGCAGAGUGUCUCCAGCUGGGUUCCAGGUAAGAGCAGCCUGGUCUCUAAAAGCACAGGACAUCCCUUGUUGGCCUUACUGCAGCAUUUGCAAAACCCUGAACGUGGUGAACCCACGUUGGGAAAACCCAUCUGCCUUUACUGAAAAGGCUGGUAAUUGGGCAACUUGUGAAUGGUUGCAACUAGCAAAAAAACCCAAACAAAACUUUUUUCAUAUUUGGUAUUUGUAAGUUACUGAUUCAGAUACUGGAACUUUUCUUGCAACAAGAAAGUUUUGUUAAAAUAGCCAAUUAACAAAAGCACGUUUUAUUUCCAGUGGAUUAAAAUUUAAGCAAAUCAAUUGUUCUGCUUUAAAAUUACCGAUUUUUCUGAAUUUUAGCUUUUGCAGCUUCUUAAAUUAAGAACAGGUACAGUAAAAAAGCAUGCUAUUAAUGGCACAAACGUUUUAAACCAAUGUCUUCCAGGGAGCUUAUUUACAGAUUGUUUAGCUGAUCCUAGAGUACUUAGAGUAGGAAGUUUUUUAAAGAUCCAGUCUUGUGUUGAUUCAAAGCUAACCCUAGAACUACUAAAAAUUCUAUGAGCAGCAAAAACUGUAAAUUAAUUUAAAAAUAAUAUUGAGGGGUGUUUUUACUCAGUAUGGCUUCAACUUCCUUACUGAAAAAUGUACAGAACUUUCCAGAGUACCUUAUGUUUAUUUUCUCACUUUUUGCAGUUUUACAGGCAGGAUAUAUGUUAACAUUGGGGUGCACUGACUGUAAGCUCUGUUACAGCAGUCCUUUGGCUAGAGGGAUGAUACAGAGUCCUGUAUCUAAACAGAUUCAUUCUUUCUUUACUGUGACAAUGUAUUUUUUUUUUUGUUCAAACAGACUGAAGGCUUUACAUCAAAUGUACAAUAUUAUUUUAUACAACUAAUCAGUUCUCGCCUUUCAAGAUAAAUAAAAUAGCUUUUAA